AGAACGUGAGAAUAACUCGGCCAUCUCUCACUCGCACUUGUCAUUUCAUUCCUGUUUAUCUGACGAUUGGCUGAUGUGUUUAGCUCGCAAUAGUUCGAUAAAACUGCGUGCAAGCCAUUAAUUACAAUCAAAACUUAUCAAUACAGUGUUGUGAUGUGUAGCGGGACGUAGUGUCGUAUCGAUAUACAAUAGUGUUUUUUUAAGAUGCCUGUGACACUUAUAGAUCGGUUGCCCUUGCCGAACCUCAAGGUUUACACGGCGGCGAGUGUUUCCCUGCUGUCUGUGGCCGUGUAUUAUGCGCUGAGCGUGACGGGCGAGGCGGGCUGGCGCGCCAACGCGACGCUGGCGCGGGCCGGGGCGGCGGGCGAGGCGGCGCUGCAGCCCGCGGCCGCCGAGCGCCCGCCCGCCUCCGACCUCAACUCCUCCAGGAUCGUCUUCGAGCAGGUGGCCGACGUGCUGGCGUUCAUGAUGCAGGAGCCGCUCUGUAUGUGGACGGUGAUCAACAUGUCGUACUGCCUGCUCGCUUUACUCGGCUGGGGCGUCCAACGCCUCGUCUUCGGGCGUCUCCGCGUGGCCGAGGCUGCCCGAGUCCGAGACAAGUUCUGGAACUACGUGUUCUACAAGUUCAUCUUCGUGUUCGGCGUGCUGAACGUGCAGUUUGUGGAUGAAGUGCUCAUGUGGAGCUCGUGGUUCACGGCCGUCGGCUUCCUGCACCUGCUGGGACAGCUGUGCAAGGACCGGUUCGAAUACUUAUCAUCGUCUCCGAACUCCGCGCGCUGGGCGCACGUUCGCCUAGCAGCAUUGCUGACCGCCGUCGCGGUGUCAGCGCUAGGGUUGCUCGCGGCCGCCGCGAUAUGGGCGCUGCCCGUCGCCAAGGACACAUUCGCCUUCAUGGCCGCUGAGUGCAUCCUGGUCCUCGUAGGCGCAGUCCACGUGAUGUCUCGCUACGUACUGCGUCUCCUCGACUGCGACGCGUCCGGCCCGCCCGCCUACUACACGCACCUCGCCUUCGACUCGGCCGCGCUCAUUGUAGAAGCGGCUCAUGUGCUGCAUAUGGUGCUAUGGAGCAACGUGCUGCUGAGCAUGGCGUCGCUGGUGUUGCUCCUGCAGCUGCGGCAUCUGCUGCAGCAGCUGCAGGCCAGGCUGAGGAGACACAGGAGAUACACCCGCCUGCAAGCCCACAUGACCACCAGCUACCCAAUGGCGAGUAAGGAGGAGGUAGAGAAAAACCAGGACAACUGCGCCAUCUGUUGGGAGCCUAUGAAGGAGGCGCGCAAGUUGCCCUGCGAUCAUCUCUUCCAUAACUCCUGUUUAUGCCAGUGGAUGCAGCAGGACGCGUCGUGCCCGACUUGCAGGCGCGCGCUGGCGGCGCGGCCCCCGCCCGCCGCCCCCGCGCCCCCCGCCCCCGCGCCCCCCGCGCCCGUCAACCACCUCUUCCAGUUCCACGGUUCCCGCUACGUGUCGUGGCUGCCGAGCUUCUCCGUGGAGGUGACGCGCGUGCGCCGCGAGCCCCUGCCGCCCGCGCAGCUCGACGCGCUCGCGAGACAGGUGCAAGCGAUGUUCCCGCACUACGCGCUGGCGCCGCUGCUGGCCGACCUGGCGGCCACGCGCUCCGCCGACCUCACCGUCGACAACAUCCUCGAGGGCCGCCUGCCCCCUCCUGCGCCCCCCCCCCGCCCCCUCCCGCGCCCCCCACACCGCCACCGGAGCCACCUGUGUCCGCGCCCAUACCUGACGCGCCGCUACUCGACGAGGAGGCCGAACAGUGAGGAAAUAACCACAGAGUUUCCACAAGAGUCCUCUGAGCGGGAAUCCAACCUGCAACGCCGCAAGCGGCUGCUCCUCGCGCGCGCGCGCCGCCGCUACCUCGCCCGCCCCGCCGCCGCGCCCGCGCCCGCUCGUGACAGCUGAGCCGCACACGAGCGUAGCUGGUAUGACGUGAACAUUGUACCUUAACAACUAGCCGAUAUAAUUAUGACCUCUCUAUUAUUUUCAAUGUUGACAUUUUACUUUGAGAUGGUCAAAAUGAUGAAUCAGCUAGUUGCAUAAUUUUCUCCUUUAGCUUUUUCAAAAUCGUUUGUUGUACAUUUGAAGCAUAAUAUUAUUUUUCUCGUCUUAAAAGAGCUAGACUAAUUUUCGACAGAUCGGAUGACACUGUAAAUUGACUUUUCGUAAACCCUAUUGCAACUAAAUUGAGUUAAAAAUGGAACUGUCGCCAUUAUAAUAUAUUGAAGUUGCCGAAGUUUUCAAAAAUAUUAUUGGAACUUCUAAAAGCCUUUACAAUAGAGACGUGUUCAGAAUGUUCAGAUAUUACUGAACAACUCUGCCUCGCUUUGAAGCUGACUGUACAGUCUAGUUCAUAAAUAUGCGUACAUUUCUUCACCGUAGGUACCUCGUUGCAAUAAGGUGAAAAAAAUUACACAUAUUUAUGAACUCGACAUACAAGUUACUUGAAAUGUUUUUGUAAAACAAUUCAUUGACACUUUUCUUUGGACGAUAUGUUUAAAUUUAUAAAGUUACUGACGAUUUCAACCAUGCUGCGCCGACAUAAAACCCAGAUUCGUAGGAAUUAUCUGAACUGGUCGCCACAAAGCCACCAUUGUAUAAUAAUUAUAAUGUUGUUCACAAAAUAUCACAUACCAGUUCAAUGUUAGUGAUUUAUUUAUUUAUUUCGCUAAAUUGUAAUGCAAUGGUAGUGAAAUAUAUAACCGGCAGAGAGUCUGCUAAUUUCUGUUCUUAACUUCUUUUAAAGUUAAUUCAUUCUCAUUUGGUAAACGAACUUCUAACCUCGAAAUGUGUCUAAAACAAGUUUUUUUUUCAAUAUCUUGGUAUGUAGAUUUUGUCAUUCCGAGUUAGAAGUUGGCACGCCAAAUACAACAGAAUGUAUACUUAUCUUGAUUUUGUUACAUUUAAAUUAAUACACUUCCUCUAAUGAAAUCGACGGAGGAAUCAAUAGAUAUUUGUCACGUUUUCAAGAAAAAGGGACUGCAUUGUCAGUUUUAGUAACGCAGAUUGCAUUAUUGUAUAUGACUGAAAGUAAAUGUACUCUUGCUUGAAAAUGGCAUAUUUAUCAUUAGCAUGUGACCUUUUUUCACCUUUUGUGAUAUUUUAGUUAGUUUUAACAAAAUAAUAUUAAUGUUAUGUAAUGGCACAAUUACAAUGUCCCAGUUCCUGAAUAAAUUAAUAACUAAAGAAAAUGUUAUAAUAUUGUUUAAUCACCUAAUUUGGCAGUAGAAUAAGGCGUGAAAUUCAUUUUAUUCAUAGGACAUCAACUGUUCCCUUUCCGUUUUUUUCUACUGACAAAAUGGGUGUGCCAGAGUACAUAAACGAUUACAGGCCGUCCCACUCAGAUUGGCUUUCCACUGGAGGAUUGUAUCUGGAGCUGUGAUUGAGCCAUUAAUGUUUCGGUAGUUACGAACUUACGAAGAGUUCGGAACCGUUGUCUCGCUGCGUGCUCGUGACGUCAC